GAACUCAAGGACUGGGGUGUAAUUUGAUUCCCUUUCAUAUUUGCUGUAAAACGGUUACUCUCUCUUCUCCAUCUCUGUGAUAAGACAUUAAUUAACACACAACAGAUCCGCAGCUGUUGCACACUCGAAUUUCUCUUCCUCCAAGUGUUUUGUAGGUUUUCUUGUCAACUGGUGUUCGGGAGAAUAUGUCAGGCGCAGAGGAAAGCAAAGAGCAAACAGAAGUUAUUAUGGAGGAUGGUGAGAAGGCCAUGCCAUCACCACAGCAGGAAGAGGAAUCUGUAAAGAAAAAAUAUGGUGGGUUAAUGCCAAAGAAGCAACCAUUGAUUUCUAAGGAUCACGAACGUGCCUACUUUGACUCUGCUGAUUGGGCUUUGGGAAAGCAAGGUGGACAGAAGCCUAAAGGACCACUGGAGGCUCUCCGGCCUAAGCUACAGCCAACUCACCAGCAAUCAGGCUACCGCAAAUCUCCUUGUGCACCAUCAGAAGGUGAAGAUGGAAGCACUGCCCAAGGGGAAGAUGCGACUCACAAUGAAUAAGAAGCUCCUAUCGAUCCUGGGAAAAUUGUCCUACAUUGUCUGCAUCGUUGAUAUUGAAGUUUCACCUUAAUAAAAGGCGUGCAAAGAGGAUGUUUUAGUCCCUUAGAUAAGGGAAUAUGCAGCCUUUGAGAGGUCUUCCAGAGCUUAUUCCAAUUGUAGAUAAGUUUGAGCUUUCACGUUAUUUGCAGACUAUAAAUUUGGAAUUUAAUCUGCCUCUUUUUAUCGUGAUAGUAGUUUGGUCGGAAUCUUAGACUUGGAUAAUAUUUGCUCUAAAAUCUAAAUUUGUGCAUUUUUUA